AUGGCAUCUGGGUUCAAUCACAUCCUGGCUGAUCGAGAGAACGACCAGCAUGCAGAGAAUCGUCAUGGAGUGUCUCCAGUUGAUAAGGCUCUGGUGAUGGAGAAGGCGCCUAUCUUCUCGCGUAAUGACAUCGAUAUUGGAAUGAAGCUCGGGAGUGGGAAGUUCGGCAAUGUCUAUGUGGCGAGGGAAAGGAGGAGUCACUUUGUCUUCGCUUUGAAAGUACUUCACAAAAAACAGCUGAUCAAGCACGGCGUCGAGCAUCAGCUUAGAAGGGAAAUUGAGAUUCAGUCUCAUCUACGUCACGUUAAUAUCCUACGGUUGUUCAACUACUUCUGGGAUGAGAAGUGUGUAUAUCUCAUGUUAGAAAUGGCUCCUGGAGGAGAGCUGUAUAAGAUGCUCACGGAGAAGACUCGCUUUUCGGAGGCUAGAAGUGCGUGGUAUAUGCGACAAAUGGUGUUGGCGAUCCAAUACUGUCAUAAGAAGCAUGUAAUUCACAGAGAUAUCAAGCCGGAGAAUAUCCUCAUCGGUCUUAAUGAUACGCUGAAAAUAGCCGACUUUGGCUGGUCAGUUCAUGCACCCAAUUCGAGACGGGAGACUUUCUGUGGAACUUUGGACUACUUGCCUCCAGAAAUGGUUGGUUCACAGAAACACGACUUUGGUGUUGACAUUUGGGGACUAGGCGUACUUGCGUAUGAGUUCCUGGUUGGGUCCCCGCCCUUUGAAGAUGAGUCUAAGAAAGCUACAUAUCAGAAGAUCAAGAACGUCGAUGUGAAGUUCCCGAGCUUUCUCAGUCGGCAGGCGAUCAGCCUCAUACGGGGUAUGCUGGUAAAGGAUCCAUCGAAGAGAAUGAGCUUAGAAGAUAUUCUCCGUCACCCGUGGAUAAGGCAGCAAUGUGAACACCCUGAAGCCAAGAAAAGGUGUCUCGAGAGAUACGGCGGGCAUCCUGACAUAGGGGACGAGGGCAAGCCGACGGCAGCGAAGAAGCUGAAGAUCUAA